GCUGCAGCGCAUGCGCAGUGCGGUGUCUUCUCCCUGCGCGGCUGGUGUGUGUGGAGCAGAGUGAUGGGAGGCAGCAGGUGAAGCAGCACGGAGAGAAGAGCACUGCAGCCGGGGCAGCACAGAUGUGAAGGAUGACGUCUUGCACAGAGAUCUGUGGGUCGGAGCACGCUGACCAGGGCCUUGGGACAGUCCAAGGGCCUCAGCGCUACGGUGUGCGCUCAUACCUUCACCAGUUCUAUGAAGACUGCACAGCCUCCAUCUGGGAACGCGAUGAAGAUUUUCAGAUGCAGAGAUCGCCGAGCAGGUGGAGCUCUGUCCUCUGGAAGGUCUGUCUCGCACUAGGUGCUUUAAUUCUGGUCGCCGGUUUGUCAGUGCUCUUGGUGGGCUACGCCACCCCACCCCGGCUCGAGGCCUUCGGUGAAGACGAGCUGCUUUUCGUGGACGGCCGAGCCGUGCGUUUUAACCGUGCCCUGGAUGCCUGCAAGUUGGCCGGCGCCGUGUUCUUCUGCGUGGGCGGCAGCGGCAUGGCCGUGGGCCUUCUACUGGCUGCCUGUGCACAAGGCAGCUCCAAAGAUGAGCUCCGGCUCCAGCAGCGCUUUAAAGAGCGACUGGCCGAGAUCCAGGCCUCAGUUCAGCCAGUGACCCGUGCCCCCACUCCCGGAGAGGCCAAAGUGCCCGUCACUCUGUCCAAGGUCCAGAACAUCCAGCCUGGAGCUGAGACCUGACCUGACCUCUGGCGCGGUCCUUGGCCCCGUUGCCAGUGAGAUGGUGCAGAGCAAGCUUGUAGUGAGACGCUACACAACCGUUCCAGGUCCAGUAGAGCUAGAAAACACUGCAGCUAUCCUGAUGCAUAUUGUCAGUCUAUAUCAAGAGUAUUUCUGGUAAUUAAGGUAUUAUAGAUCACUUGUAAAACCGGUGCUCCUGUAUCUAAAUUACACAGCACACACACACACUCAUACAUGGAGAUGACUGCUAGCAACAGCCAGUAGAAUUUUUUUCUUAAAUCUUAUUAAGGCUGCUUUUAGCUGGAACCAAUCCUUGGUUACAAAGCUGAUUUCUAUGGGUUAAGCCUAGAUCUGGAGUAAAUAUACAGCCAUACAGUGAUUUAGGUUUUGAAUUAUAAAUUGUAAGUUUGUGUCUAUCUUUUCUUCAUUUAUUUAUUUAUAAUUUUGGUGCAUUUCUGUUGAUUCUACUGGCUUUAUGACAUUUGCCAGUGUAAAGAACAAUGGCCAGAUUCACAAUAUAUAAAGCAAGAGUGGUCAAUGCAGUUUUUACAAGACAGCGACGAUAUACUACUUUAUUUUAUUUAUAAGUUUUUCGUUUUAUUAAGACUCUUACCAACAAAUAGUCACUUUCCUGCAAAAAACCUUGUAUUUCCAUUUUUGUGUAUCUUUUAAGGGUCAUUUUCUCUUGCAGGUUGUUUCUGUUCAGUUUAGGCUUAACCUGUGUUAAAACAAUUUAACAACAAAAGAAAUUAGCAGGAGUUAACUCAUUUGGAAACUCAUGGAAAUCACAGACGCAUAGUAUCGGUGCAAAAAAUAUAUAUUUUUAAUUAUUAUACUUGCAAGUUAACCAAUCAUGAUUUAGCCACCACUUACUAAUUGAAAAUCAUAAAAAACAUUAAUCAUGGUUGUUGCUUUAUGUCAUAAAAAUAGGCUUAAAAUAAAGAUGCUUCAAAGUGUUGUAAUUAAAUAACUAAAGCGAAUAUGCCUGAAGAACCCCCCCCCCCCCCCCCUUUCAAAUUGAAGGCUUUUUUUCACAAUUCUCCACCUUCCCAUCUCCUUCCUUUAUCUCUGUAAUCUCUUCUUCCUUACUUACUGUACUUUUAGGUGAGGGGGGUUUCUUUAAGGGAUGCAAACCAUGUUUGGGUUGUUUUGUGUGAGUAUGAAGAUCUACCGUAUUUUUCGGACUAUAAGGCGCACUUAAAAACUUUUAAUUUUCACAAAAAUUGACAGUGCGUCUUAUAAUACGGUGCGCCUUUUGUAUGGAUUUUACUCGUCAGGUUGUAAGGAGCAGUAAACACACACUCCGUGCAGCGUUAUAGAGAGUUUCAGUGCUAUACAGAGUCCAGAGCCGUGCAGCUCCGAGGCUGAGCAGCAAUAGCAUUAGCUAGAUGCUAACCGCUAAGCUAGCUAGCUUAUUCACUGAGAUCAGUAUUAUCUAAAUUUUACUCGUCAGGUUGUAAGGAGCAGUAAACACACACUCCGUGCAGCGUUAUACAGAGUUUCAGUGCUAUACAGAGUCCAGAGCCGUGCAGCUCCGAGGCUGGAGCAGCAAAUAGCAUUAGCUAGCUUAUUCACUGUUCAGAGAUCAGUAUUAUCUAAAUUUUACCCGUCAGGUGUAAGGAGCAGUAAACACACACUCCGUGCAGAGCAGCAAUAGCAUUAGCUAGAUGCUAACCGCUUAGCUAGCUAGCUUUUUCACUGUUCAGAGAUCAGUAUUUUCUAAAUUUAGCACUUUUAAUACUGCUGGAGCAGUAUUAUUAGAGUUAGAUGCUAAUCGCUAAGCGUUCACCGUUCAGAGGUGAGUUAUCGGCCUGUAAGUCUGUGCUGCUUUGCCUGGCUAGCAUUAGCUAGAUGCUAAGCGCUAACUCUCUCAGAGGUGAGUUUUAUCAGCCUGUAAUCUGCUUGUUUACAGUGUUAAAACAAGCUACGGGGGACGAAUCGCUAGCUAAUAUCUCACUGUCUUACCAGAACACGCAGGAUUACUCAGUGUAACGCUGUCGUUUAAGUUUGGGUUAACUUUACUAGUUUAGGUGACUAGCUAGCGUGCUAGCGGAUAGCUAUGCUAACGCUGGUGCAGCAAGCCUUAGUGGACAUCUGGAAAUCUAAGCUUACUGUAAAUAAACUGAAGCACGUUACUCACCCAAAUAAACAGUUUUCAGGAGAGGAAUCUGUGUAGAUUAAUAUCCAGCACUCGUUUGACUUUGAAAGAGCUAGAUUUAUAUAUACUGAGACGCUCCACCGGCAAGCGACCACCCCCGGUGGGGGAAGGGAAACAUGGCGCCACCCCUGUUCACUUUGAUAUAGGCACCCUUUCUAGUGUCACUUAACGCGCCUUAUAAUGCGAUGCGCCCUAUGUAUGGAAAAAUAGCAGAAAAUAGGCGUUCUUUGAUAGUGCGUCUUAUAAUACGGUGCGCCUUAUAGUCCGAAAAAUACGGUACAAUAAUUGGUAAAGAACUCUUUUUACAGGUUAACACAAAAAAUGGUCCUUAUGGAUCUAUUUUUGCUUAAAGAACAUUUUGAAGCACUUUAUUGUUAAGAUUAUACUAAGAAAGUAAAAUUAAACCUACCAGUGUCAAUUUUACAGACAAAUUGUAUAUUCUGCAGGGAGAAUAAUAUUUAUAUUUGAUAGGAUCUUGUCUUGAAUCAGAAUGUAACUGGCAGACUAUGUCUGCAGUGGAAUUAUUACUCACUCAGAUCAAUAUGAUGGCAUCAUUUAUCUCCGGAAAUAGUGUAACAACCUGCUUUGUUCUUCUAUCAUCUCGUACAUAUAUUGCGUAUGCCCUUUUUAAACAGGCUACACAAAUCUUCUCAACAGCGCUGCAAAGCAAAUGCAUGAUGAAUCAGCCCAGUAAACAUCGACAGCUGAAGCAGAAUGAAACCUUCCAUUGAGGGUUCACCAACAUUACAUAACUGCAUCAAAUACAUCACAGUCCUCUCAGCCAAUCCGGUUCAUCUGUCCUGACAAAUGAUCCAUCCAUGUGCAGCCCACAGAUCCUUCUUCUGCCUCUGCGGAGGAUGUCUGACACAUUAGUCAUUACACACAUUGGCUUAUUAGUGCACACACUCAGUUUGGAUCAUUCCCUUCAGAUUUUGCUUCUUUUCUCUCUGUAGAGCCUGUGUUGCUGUUUGCGUCAUCGUCAGACACUGCUAUUUGUAGUAGCUUCUGUAGUCUUUCCAGCAUUUUCUUAACACUUUCAUUACAAUCUUGAAUCUUUAAAAACAAACACACAAAUACACAUUUAGAAACAAUUCCUAUGGCGGGAAAUUAAAAGCUAAAAACACAAACAUAUCUUAGCAUUUUGGCCUGCAUCAGUUUUAACACUUGAAUCAGUGCAGCAGCAGUUUGGUGACACCAUUUAAGUAAAUUGUAGAGAUUUAUGGUAAUUUUAGGACUGAUGCUUAUUUCCUACUAUAAACUAUAUUAUAAGCUAACUAUGCUAAGAAUUAUUAUAAUAAAUGAAACACAAAUAGGGGCAGUUAGCACAAGGUCUUGCUAACUUGUCACCUGUGGCUUUCUUUUACUUUUGAUCCUGUAUAAAAACAGAAAAAAAUGGCUGCAUAUCAAUCUUAUUGUAAAACCUUACAUUUUUGCUCACCUAUUGCUUUCCAGGCAGCAGAUGACAACAAAAAUAGUGUUUUUUUUUUAUGAAAUAAUCUAAUCAGCUGAAAAAAUAACUAUGAUCUUAAAGUUUUCUGUAGAACUGAAAAGAAACUACUUAUAAUACAACCAGCAUGAAUUAUCAUUCUCUUCUUGAAAUUCAUAAAAAUGGAAAUUAGAAUGGAAUUAAAAACAAUAUAAAGGACUAAAGAGGAACUGAAGACAAUCGCUUUUCUCACAAAAACAUUAUCAUUUUAAUUCUGCUAAAGGAAGAAACAAAUGCACACAUGGUACUAUAUAAUGUUCCAUUUAUUUUCAGGUGUAGUGCAAACUUCUUAAAACACUUUGCAUGACAAAUCUAAACUGUUAAAUCAAAUUAGUACUGCUGUAACCCAAAAUACAACUAAUAAAAUAGUUUAAAAAAAAGGUAAAUAUUCUUUCUGCCUUGAGCUAAAACCAGUGUCUUGCUGGUAGAAAUCUAUUUUAACAAAACAUCUCUCUUAGCUCUACUAAGUCACAUUACUUUGUUGUUUACCAGAUUUUCUUUUUGAGUUUUGAGUGACAUUAUAGCAUUAUAUGGAAGAGUUAAAGAGGUGUGUUGCUGUGUUGACAAUGCUUUUUGUGACUACAGACAACUCCUUUUGAUUAUAUCAAGUGCUGCAGUUCAUAAUGAGAUAGGUUUCUGUUUUUUUGUUACAAGUGAGGAGUGCAAAGUGUUAGAGAUGUUUAAAAUACCAGAAAUGUUCAAAUCUACAACUUCUCUGCUGUUGGGACAUGUCUAUUUUUUCGACAAAUGAAUAAAGAUGGAAUUAAUGUUAA